AUGGAGGCUCCUCCCUCCGCGUCUUUUCGCAAUGCGCAGCAGCAGAAAGACAAACGCCGUUCACUGGACCUGCAAGACAUCACAACUCUUCAUCCUUCAUCUUCAUCUUCAUCUUCAUCUUCAUCUACUUUGUCUUGCUGCAGCAAGACGGGAGGUGUAGAAGCUGCUGCUGUCUCCUCUGAAGUAAACACAAGAGAGCAUUCGUUGCCAGACUCCAAUCAGAACGGCAGCAGAGCUGCUGCUGCUGCUGCUGCAGCUUCUGGAGCAGCUGCAUGCCCCGGAGCAGCAGCAGCAUCAACAUCAUCAGCAUCACCAUCAUCAUCAUCAGCAGCAGCAACAGCAGCAGCAGCAGCAGCAGCAACAGCAACAGCAAGAGGAGGAGAAUUGUUAGGAUUGAGUGCAGAAGACAUAGCAAAGGUGGUGGUGCUGGUUGUUGGUGCUGGCGGCAUCGGCUGCGAGCUGGUGAAGUGUUUAGUUUUAUGCGGCUUCAUAAGAAUAGAAAUAAUAGAUUUAGAUUCUAUCGAUAUAACAAAUCUUAACAGACAAUUCUUCUUUAGAAAGCGCCACGUGGGACAAAACAAAGCAAGUGUACUCGCCGAAGAAGCAGCAAAACUCCUCAGCCCUCAGCAGAAGGCCUUCAUUGCCGAAGCAAAAGCAGCAGCAGCAGCAGCAGCAGCAGCAGCAGGAGCAGCAGCAACAGCAGCAGAAGAAGAAGAAGGUGGUUUACUAAGAGGUGAUAAAGUAAUAGGGUUGUAUGGAUGCCCGUAUAAUGUUCUUGACAGCAGAUUUUCAGUAGAUGUUGUGAAGAGUUUUGAUAUAGUAUUUGGAGGCUUAGACAAUUUAAAGGCGCGGAGACAGCUAAAUAGGCUAUGUGUUGCUGCAGGGAUACCGUUUAUAGAUGGAGGAAGUGCAGGCCUUAGCGGACAGGUAAUGCCGAUUGCGAGUAAAAGUACUCUUUGUUUUGAUUGUGAAGAUAAAAAUACACAAGAAAAAACUUUUGCUGUCUGCACAAUCCGACAGAAACCCGAUAAGCCUCAGCAUUGUGUAGCCUGGGGUAAGAUGGUGUAUGCGCUGCUCUUUCAAGAAGAAGAAGAAGAAGCAAGUGCUAAUCUUCUUAUAGACCUCAAACAGCAGCUCAAUCAACUCUGCAAUCUAAACACCAGUAGCAGCAGCACCAGCAGCAGCAGCAACGGGAACACCAGCAGCAGCAGCAGCAGCAGCAGCAGCAGCAGCAGCAGUAUUGAAGGGGAGGUGUAUGCUGCAGGUGUGCGGGUGAUGGAGGAAGUGUUUUCAAAACAAAUCAAAGAUUUAAUUGCAUUAAAAACAGACUGGAAGCCUGGGGCCCCUCCGGUGCCUCUAGAGAUACACCCCACUGUACAGCAGCAGCAGCAGCAGCAGCAGAAACAGCAGCAGCAGCAGCAGUUCUCCCCACACAAGAUCUGGUCGUCUCUUGAAUGCCAGCAGGUCUUCCUGCGCAGCUUCUGCGGCCUCAUGGAGAAAAGGAGACGCAUGCAGCAGCAGCAGCAGCAGCAGCAGCAGCAGCAGCAGGGGAUUCCGUUUGAUAAGGACGAUGACUUGGCUAUGGAUUUUACUCGGUGGGAGCUGCAGGCGAUUGCGGGUUCAAUCAUUCCUGCUGUCGCCAGCACCAAUGCAAUUGUUGCAGCGACGCAGGUCUUGCAGGCAAUGCAUAUACUAGCAUUUAACAAGAAACAGAAACAGCAGCAGCAGCAGCAGGAGGCAGCAAAGGAAACUGUGCGAGACAGCCUCGCCCGCCAGGUGUGGGUGAAGCCUUUUGUGACGGGUCGCUGUGAAGAUUCUUUUGGGGUUUUGUUGCUGCCAGAGCGACUGGAGGCGCCGCGAGUAAAUUGUUUUGUCUUGUAUCGGCAGCAGUUGGCUUCAACGAGUUUAGCAGACGCCGGAGUGUGCAGUGGGUCUAUUCUAACUGUCACGGAUCUCUCACAGUGUAAUUUGGUGGUGCUGGAAGACAAAUCGCUGGGCAGCGAAGACGAAGAAAAUAAAUUUGAAUUAAUUAAACCCAGCAGCAGCAGCAGCAGCAGCAGCAGCAGCAGCAAGGAGAGCAGCAGCAGCAGCGAUAGCAGCAGCAGCAAUGGAAUCAGCAGCAUCAACAAUGAGAGCAGCACCAGCAGCAGCAGCAACGGUAGCAGCAUCAGCAGUAGUACUAGCAGCAGCAGUGAUAGCAGCAGCAGCAGCAGCAGCAGCAAGAGCAGCAGGUCUGUAGCGGAGAAGAGAAAGAGAGAUAAAGCAGACGAAGACACUCAAGCGGUAGUCAUUGACCUUGAAGACGAUGAUGAGAAUUUAAUAACAAAAAAACAAAAAACAGCAGCAGCAGCAGCAGCAGCAGCAGCAGCAGAUGAGGUGCUGCUGAUUAGCGAUGAAGAGUAA